GCGCCUACAAAAAGGGCACGCCCGUCGGGGCAACGCACCACCACCACCCCUCUCUCGCUUCAGUUCAGGUCGUAUGCCUGCAGCCGCGGCCCGCCUGUUCCCCUUGGACUAAUCAAUCCAGUGAUCCCCGCCCGCGGUUGUGGUCCGUCCGUCCGUCGGGCCUGCCUUCGGUUGGUUGGUUGGUCCGGGCGCCGGUCCCUCCCUCCCCCGCCCCUCCUCCUCCUCCUCCUCGUCGUCGUCGCCUAGUGGAGGUGGAGCCAGUCAGCCACCUGCUCCUCCCUCGUCGCCUUCCUCCCCUCCCCUCCCCUUCCCCCAGAAGACCCGAGCCCGGCCGCCGGCGGCGCCAGAGGUCGCUUUCCCCCCGCGCCCCACCCCACGGAUCACCACCACCGAACAGGUGAUAGAGCCAGGAUUCUGCCAGCACAAAUGACGAUCUGUAGCUGCGAGGAGACCAUCAAUGAGUUCGAGAUGUUGACGCGCGAUGCUGGGCGCGUGCAGCAGGAUACGCUGAAAAGGAUCCUUGAGGCGAAUGCCGAUGCUGAAUACCUGAGGCAGUUUGGCCUCGACGGGAGGACUGAUGCCCAGAGCUACAAAUCUUGCAUCCCGCUGUGCGUGCACAGCGACGUUGAGCCUUUCAUCCAGAGGGUUGUUGAUGGUGAUAGCGCACCAGUGCUCACCGGGAAGCCCAUCACCUCCCUCUCCCUCAGUUCUGGUACGACGCAGGGGAAGCCUAAGUUCCUGCCAUUUAAUGAUGAAUUGCUUGAGAACACACUUCAAAUAUUCCGUACUUCAUACGCAUUCAGAAACCGUGAAUACCCUAUCGGCGAAGGAAAGGCCUUGCAAUUUGUUUAUGGUAGCAAGCAAUCCUUGACGCCUGGUGGCAUCCUUGCUACAACUGCAACAACAAACCUGUACCGGAGUCAGCGCUACAAGGAAGGGAUGAAGGAUAUCCAGUCUCAGGGCUGCAGCCCCGACGAAGUCAUCUUUGGCCCUGACUUCAACCAAUCCUUGUACUGUCACUUGCUCUGUGGGUUGAUAUAUUCGGACGAGGUCCAUUUUGUGUUCUCGACGUUUGCUCACAGCCUAGUGCAUGCAUUUCAAACAUUGGAGGAGAUCUGGGAAGACCUCUGUGCUGAUAUAAGAGACGGUGUUCUUUCAGAAAGAAUCACAGUACCAUCAAUUCGCGAGGCUAUUUCAAAGAUUCUGAAGCCCAACCCCGAGCUUGCUGACUCGAUCCACAACAAGUGUGCGGGCUUGAGCAACUGGUAUGGUGUGAUCCCGGCACUGUGGCCCAAGGCGAAGUACGUGUAUGGCAUCAUGACAGGGUCCAUGGAGCCGUAUCUGAAGAAGCUGCGGCAUUAUGCUGGGCAUUUGCCGCUGAUCGGUGCUGACUACGGCGCGUCCGAAGGAUGGGUUGGCUCUAACAUUGACCCCACGGUACCGCCUGAGCAGGUGACGUAUGCUGUUCUGCCGCAGACUGGUUAUUUUGAGUUCAUUCCUUUGGAGAAGCCAACAGGGGAGGAGACGGAGAACAGUGCAGCUAUUCAUUACAUCGAGUCCGAGCCGGUUGGCUUAACUGAAGUUGAGGUUGGCAAAAUCUAUGAAGUUGUGCUCACUACCUUUGCAGGCCUAUAUCGCUACAGACUAGGAGACGUGGUGAAGAUAGCGCGCUUCCACAACUCGACGCCGGAGCUCCAGUUCAUCUGCCGCAGGAGCCUGGUGCUGAGCAUCAACAUCGACAAGAACACCGAGAAGGACCUGCAGCUGGCCGUCGAGGAGGCGGCGAAGCUUCUGGAAGGGGAGAAGCUGGAGAUCGUGGACUUCACGAGCUACGUGGAGAAGUCGAGCGACCCGGGGCGGUACGUGAUCUUCUGGGAGCUGAGCUCUGAGGCCACAGACGAUGUUCUGAGCGGGUGCGCCAACGCGCUGGACCUGGCAUUCCUCGACGCGGGCUACAUGGGGUCGAGGAAGAUCAAGACCAUUGGCCCGCUCGAGCUCCGGGUCCUGAGGAAGGGCACAUUCAGGGAGAUCCUACUCCAUUUCCUGACCCUAGGAGGCGCGGUGAGCCAGUUCAAGACGCCCCGGUUCGUGAGCCCGGGCAACGGCAAGGUGCUGCAGAUCCUGAACCGGAACGUGACCAAGAGCUACUUCAGCACCGCGUAUGGGCUAUGACAGAAGCAAGAAUAAUUGCCUGCUGCUAGAUUUAGCAGGGGCGUGUAAUUACCUUUCUUUUUCUUUUUUUGCUGGUACCUUUUAGUAGUCUCCUCAAGAAGGAACCGUUUGUUUUAGUCUGUUGGAAUAAUGUUUUCUUCUUUCUUUCUUAUAUGAUCAAUCUGGUGCUGGGGCUAGAAUCCUUGUAAAUUGUCAGUCUGCAUGCAGUUGUAGCGAAAUGUAUGAAAUGAGGAGAAAGAAAGAAAGAAAGAAAGAAAGAAAGCUAGUGUUAAUUUGCA